GUUGAAACACUAUACACAAGAUUAAAAGUUAAAAACAUCAAACAAACAAUACAAUCAAACAACGUUGUCGUCGUCUCAUACUUGGAACAUUGGCCUCUGCUCUACUCUCUCUCUCGUUCUAUUAGGGUUUUGUGUCUUUCUCUCAGGUGCGCACAAUUGACGUAAAAUUCUCGAAUUUCACUUUCUCAAUUUCAUUUCUAACGAACCCAGAAAUUCCCUCAAUCUAUAAUGCUUUCCUAGGUUCUGUUACCCCUUUCCUUUUUCUUUUUGUUUGGUCUCAUAUGUGUAGGGUUUAAUUGCAUAAUCUGAAUUGCUCUUGAUGUUAGCUAUUUUGUCAUGUUUAGGCUAUAAUUUUGUAUCAAGUAAUUGUUUUUUCUUAUUGGGAGUUAAAAGAGUAACGAUUAGGGUAUAGGAUUUUUGAGUAUUGGGUGUUGGUAGUACAUGUUCAUGGAUCCACAACAACCCCAAUACUUUGGGUCAAUUAACGGUUUCAAAUUUGAUAUAGAGUCACUUUUUCUCAAUUCAGAUCAGUACCCAGUUGUUGAAAAUGGGAUUAUAUUCAAUAGCCCCACUCUAGGUCCUAGCUUCAUGGACAAUCCAGUUUUUAGCCCUGAUCCAAGCCCCGGUAAUUCUGCUCAAUCGAGCUUAGAGGGUGAUUCUCCCACAGAUGACAGUGACUCUUCUGAUAGUGUCCUUAAGUACAUAAGCCAGGUGCUUAUGGAAGAGGAGAUGGAGUCAAAGCCAUGUAUGUUCCAUGACCCGUUGGCUCUUCAAGCCACGGAGAAAUCGUUGUAUGAAGUCAUUGGCGGGAAGUACCCUACGUCCCCGGAUCAACACCCACUUUAUAUUGAUCGAAAUGUUGAGAGUCCGGAUGAUAGUUUUUUGAGUGGCUUCAGUGAUCAUAGUAGCAAUAGCAGUUCUAGUUUUGGUAAUAGUAACUUGAACGAUUUUCAGUGGAAUCAUGCUGAUUUUGGAGAAUACAAACCCUCUUUGUUAAAAAAUCCUCUCCCCACUGACUUUGUUUUCCAGUCCACUGCAAAGUCUAGUCCACCAUCAUCUUUUAACUUUCCAAACAGCCUCACUAGUGAUGGUAAUGGGCUGCUGGGCUCAUCUGUCAAUGAGCUUCUGGUUCAGAACUUCUUAAGCAAUACCGAAUCAGUUUUGCAGUUCCAGAGAGGGGUAGAGGAAGCUAAUAAAUUCCUUCCUAAAGGGAAUCAGCUGACUGUUGAUCUGGAGAAGAACACAUUUUCUCCUGUUUCGAAUAAGAAGGCUCCAGAAGUGUUGGUUAAGUUGGAGAUAGAUGAGAGGGAGCACUCCCCUUCUAGGUUAAGAGGAAGGAAGAAUCAUGAGCGAGAGGAUACAGACUUAGAAGAUGGGAGGAGUAACAAGCAAUCAGCUGUUUAUCUGGAUGAGAGUGAGAUAUCGGAGAUGUUUGAUAAGGUGCUGCUCUGUUUUGGGGCAAAACGAGAGCCUUCAGUGUGUAACUUUGAUGAAAGCUUGCAGAAUGGAGAAAACAAAAACCUGCUGAAGAAUGGACAAUCAAAUGUAUCUAGUGGUGCAAAGACUCGUGCCAAGAAACAAAGCAAUAAGAAGGAUGUUGUGGAUUUGAGAACUCUAUUGGUGCUGUGUUCACAAGCAGUCUCCUCUGAUGAUAGGAGGACUGCUUCUGAAGUACUAAAACAGGUUAGGAAGCACUCUUCCCCAUUUGGUGAUGGGUCGCAGAGGUUGGCCCAUUACUUUGCAGACUGCAUUGAGGCGCGCUUAGCUGGCACAGGGACCCAAAUUUACACUGCUCUAGCUCCCAAAAAAUCAUCAGCUGCUGAUAUGUUGAAAGCUUACCAAGCAUAUGUUUCAGCCUGCCCCUUCAUGAAGCUUGCAAUUAUCUUUGCAAACCAUAUGAUUCUGAGAGCAUCUGAGAAUGCGGCAACACUUCAUGUUAUUGAUUUUGGUAUCCUUUAUGGUUUCCAAUGGCCUGCCCUCAUCCAUUGUCUCUCAAGAAGACUGGGAGGGCCUCCCAAGCUACGCAUUACAGGGAUAGAGCUUCCUCAACGUGGAUUCCGGCCAGCGGAAAGAGUACAGCAGACAGGGCGUCGCUUGGCAAAGUAUUGUGAGCGUUUCAACGUUCCAUUCGAGUAUAAUGCAAUUGCACAGAAAUGGGAAACUAUUCAAGUCAAGGACCUCAAAAUUAAUAGAGAUGAGGUACUUGCAGUGAAUUGUUUGUACCGGUAUAAAAACCUGCUUGAUGAGACAGUUGUGGUGAAUAAUCCGAGGGAUGCUGUUCUAAGCUUAAUUAGGAAGAUAAAUCCUAAUAUUUUUGUCCAUGCUAUUGUUAAUGGAUCCUACAAUGCUCCAUUCUUUGUCACACGGUUCCGUGAGGCUCUCUUCCACUUCUCCUCAUUGUUUGAUAUGCUUGAUACUAACAUUGCCCGUGAAGAUCCCAUGAGAUUGAUGUUUGAAAAAGAGUUUUUUGGGCGGGAGGCCAUGAAUGUCAUAGCUUGUGAAGGAUUAGAGAGGGUUGAGAGGCCUGAGACAUAUAAGCAGUGGCAGCUUCGGAAAAUGAGGGCUGGAUUUAGGCAGCUUCCAAUGGAUCAUGAAAUCAUGAAGAAACUGAGGGCUAAACUGAAAGGUGGGUACCAUAAUGAUUUUGUGGUUGACGUAGAUGGGCACUGGAUGCUUCAAGGUUGGAAGGGCCGGAUUCUCUGUGCUUCCUCCUGCUGGAUACCUGCCUAGAACUUGAAACAUGAAUGGGCAUGUAGGCUGUUUCCAGAUUUUUUGGGGCUGUCUGCAUUCAACUGGUCAAUGUUUCAGUUGGGAAGAUGGUGGAUAUAAUAGCUUGAGUUCCUUGACCAUAUUAGAUGUGGACACAAUGUUUGGGCAGCUUUUGGGCCUUGCAAUCAUGCACUUGACAUAAUUAGCAUGUUAUAGAACAGUUGUAGCAAGAGUCUGAUUCAGGUAGUAUUUACUAUUGUCAUGUAUGGACAAUAUUAUAUGUAUAAUAAAAUAAAGUCUGUCCAUUUAUCUGAAGUUUCACGGUUUGGUAGAACAGCUUAUAUAUUUGUGGGAAUUGGAUUUGCACUUUGCACCAUCUCCCACAACUACUGUUAGUAGAACUUUUGUAUUGACUAGUUGUGCAAAUAUAAACCAUUUUUACCUGCAAAAA